UAGCUCACAAAAAAAUGUUACACCUAGUGGUAAAUAUUGCUGCUUGUUACGCGUUGUGGACGUGCUGCUUGGUUGUGUUCCCACGUUUUGUUGUUUGCAGUCUGCCGUGGGCAAAAGUGCCCCCAAAAUUCUCUGAAAAUGGAUGAGGCUAGUAUAGACCGGUUAAAGGCCUUUGUACAGCUUUGCCAGGAAAACCCAGCAGUUCUGCACUCGCCUCAGUUGGCAUUCUACAAAGAGUGGUUGGAAAGCCUUGGUGCAGAGCUACCCACCCCUGCCAUGCCCACAUCAGCUAGUGAUGAAAACCAGGAGCCGGAAAGUGAGCCUGUCCCAGAACCAGAACCAGCAAUGGAACCGGAACCAGAACUGGAACCGGAACCAGAACCAGAACCAAGCAGUGAGGAAAGUGAUCUAGAGUUAGACAUGGAAGGCGUGAUAGAAGGUGACACAGAUGAGCCCGAGCCCAUGGGGGAUGACUCAUUGGACGUGACAGACGAGAUGAUGGAGGAGGCUUCGGACAAGAGGUCACUGGCCAUGGCAGCUCUCAACGAGGGUAACUUUGAGGAGGCGAUCAAGCUCUUUACAGAAGCCAUUGUGAAGAACCCACUUUCUGCUCUGCUGUAUGCUAAGAGAGCUAGUGUCUUCAUCAAAAUGAAGAAGCCUAAUGCAGCAAUUCGGGACAGCAACAAGGCCAUUAAGCUCAACCCAGACUCGGCCCAGGGCUACAAAUGGAAGGGAAUUGCUCACCGGUUGCUGGGUCAGUGGGAACUGGCCGCUAAGAAUCUCCAGAGUGCUUGCAAGCUGGACUUUGAUGAGGUGGCAUACUCCACGCUGAAAGAAGUGGAACCAAAUGCCAAACUGAUUGCAGAACAUAAACGAAAGUAUGAAAGAAAGCGAGAAGAGAAGGAGAUCAAGGAGAAACUGGAGCGAGUCAAGAAAGCCAAGGCAGCUCAAGAAAAAGCCAGAAAGGAAGAGGAAGAGCGCAAAAAGAACAGGGGCCCCUCUGGUGGUUUUCCAGGCGGAAUGCCGGGCGGGAUGCCGGGCGGGAUGCCAGGUGGUUUUCCAGGCGGGUUUCCAGGUGGUUUUCCAGGAGCAGGUGGUUUUCCAGGAGCAGGUGGUUUUCCAGGAGCAGGCGGUUUUCCAGGAGCAGGCGGCAUGGGUGGUGCGGGGGGCACGGGGGGUGCCAGUGGAAUGCCAGGUGGAAUCGACCUGAAUGACCUGCAGGGACUCAUGCAAGACCCAGAGAUCAUGGCUGCUUUCCAGGACCCUGAAGUCAUGGCAGCAUUCAGUGAUGUCAGUCAACACCCAGAAAACAUGAAGAAAUACCAGAGCAACCCCAAGAUAGCUAACCUCAUUACCAAGAUGCAGUCUAAAUUUGGCAAGGGUGAUACCCCACCCCCACAACCACCGCCACCUAGUGAUGUAGACUAAAUGUACCCCUUCUUCCAAGCUUUCAUCCUGAAUGGAUUGCGAAUCUGGAAACCAUCGUCAGCAGGUAGGCAAGUCUUUGCAACACUGUACAGUCUCGUUUUCACGUAAGUACGGGGCUUGAAAACAAACAUGCACGAACAAAGAGACCCAGGUACGACAUCGCCGGACGUGACAGGUCGUUCAUGAAAUUCGUAUUUUACCCAUCUCCCCAGGUGAUUUUCGUAAAUAUUACUUGAGGAAGACAAAGGUAAAAUUCCAAUAUGAGUGUUUCGUCGGGAGAUUUCAGUUAGGAAUUAUUUUUCCAAAAGUUAUGAAAUUAUAGGACGGCCCAAUGUAAUAUCCCCAUAGGCGGACCGCGCAGGGGUUCUCGCUGCAUGACCUUUUACUUUUAGGCACUAUUUCAAUCCUGUCACUAAGGGCAUCAUUUUUUUUUUCUUUAUUUGCAUUGACUUUUUUUUUUUUUAUGUUUUUUGUUUUGCCAUCACUUUUAUAAUGGGAAAUAAUCUAGAUUUCAUCUUCUCAUUUUUAAUUUGUUAAACUUCACAGUUUUUCUACCUUGUUCCCAAUCAUGCCUUUGACAUAUUUUCUUAUAAAUGUUUCACAUGAUGAAAAAAUACUCUAUGGGAUUUUGUUGUGCAUGAAGUCAUAAAAUGUGGCUGUACAAUGUCCAAUUUUUACCAAUGAGAUCAUGCCACUGUAGUUUCAUGCAGCAAGCAGAUUAGUCACUCAGUAAAACUUGGGAUUUGCAAGUUUUCAGGGGGGGGACCUUUUCGCAAGAAUUUUAGUAAAUUAAAGUUCAACUUUUGAGCAGAUUUCAUUUUCCAUGAGUUCUUCUCACAAAUGAUUUCCCCACACGGAAUCGGUUCUACCUGUGUUCAUUAAGUGUAGCUGCAAUGAUCUUCUCUUCUCUUCUUCAGUGUAUGAAAACUCGUUUAUAUUCCUAUUUGGUAAAAUGCAUUGAAAAGGGCACUUUUUUAAAUACUUAAAAACUGAGGGCGCUGUUGCUGUGAUGUCAUCCAGGAAGACAUAGAUCAGUGCGUAAGUGUUCUGUGCAAAUUGUGAACCCAGAAUUAACUUGCUGAAACAAUCGGAGGAAACUUUCUGAGGAAGGGAUUGAUGCUUGGUUAUUGCUAUCCACAUAAACCACAAUGAAUAAGCAAAGAAAACAACAUUUAGUCCAGCAAAACUAAAAAAUGAGGACUUUUUCGUGUACAUACCAAUUUUACAUCGAGGUUUUCUUCUUGAGGUGACAUCACAGUUUUGCUCGUGACUAUGGAAAUAUCAUUAGCAUAAAGGCUAAAAGGGCAGUAAAUUUAUCUUUGAAAUAAUGAAACAAAAUUUGAAAUGAGGUUAACUGAGACACAAAGGUGCAUAGUGAAGGUUUGUUUCAAAACAAGUUGAUUGCAGCCACUAACUUACCCCCAUAAUUCUGCUUCGAAAAACUGGCAUCAGAAAUAAUUGUAAUUAACAUAUAAACAAGUAACGUGUAAUUCUGACAAAAUAAACAAUCAAUGAAAUUAGA